AUGUCCAGAUCCGGGGACAGGACCUCCACCUUCGACCCCAGCCACAGCGACAACCUGCUGCACGGCCUCAACCUGCUGUGGAGGAAGCAGCUGUUUUGCGACGUGACCCUGACGGCCCAGGGCCAGCAGUUCCAUUGCCACAAGGCCGUGCUGGCCUCCUGCUCGCAGUACUUCCGAUCGCUGUUCUCCAGCCACCCCCCUCUCGGGGGAGGGGUCGGCGGCCAGGACGGCCUGGGGGCCCCCAAGGACCACCAGCAGCAGCCGCCGCAGCAGCAGCCACCACAGCAGCAGCAGCAGCAGCCGCAGGAGGAGCCCGGGACUCCUUCCUCCUCCCCCGACGACAAGCUGCUGACCAGCCCCCGGACCAUCAACAACCUGGUGCUGCAGGGCUGCUCGUCCAUCGGGCUGCGCCUGGUGCUCGAGUACCUCUACACGGCCAACGUGACCCUCUCCCUAGACACGGUGGAGGAGGUGCUGUCGGUCAGCAAGAUCCUGCACAUCCCCCAGGUCACCAAGCUCUGCGUGCAGUUCCUCAACGACCAGAUCUCGGUGCAGAACUACAAGCAGGUGUGCAAGAUCGCCGCGCUGCACGGCCUGGAGGAGACCAAGAAGCUGGCCAACAAGUACCUGGUGGAGGAUGUGCUGCUGCUCAACUUCGAGGAGAUGCGCGCCCUGCUGGACUCGCUGCCGCCCCCCGUGGAGUCGGAGCUGGCGCUCUUCCAGAUGUCCGUGCUGUGGCUGGAGCAUGACCGCGAGACCCGCAUGCAGUACGCGCCCGACCUCAUGAAGCGCCUCCGCUUCGCGCUCAUCCCGGCCCCGGAGCUCGUGGAGAGGGUCCAGUCAGUGGAUUUCAUGCGCACCGACCCGGUCUGCCAGAAGCUGCUGCUGGACGCCAUGAACUACCACCUGAUGCCCUUCAGGCAGCACUGCAGGCAGAGCCUGGCCAGCAGAAUUCGCUCUAACAAGAAAAUGCUGUUAUUGGUUGGAGGGUUGCCCCCUGGACCGGACCGGCUCCCCAGCAAUUUGGUUCAAUAUUACGAUGAUGAAAAGAAGACGUGGAAGAUACUCACAAUUAUGCCAUACAACAGUGCCCACCACUGCGUUGUGGAGGUAGAAAACUUCUUGUUCGUGUUAGGUGGAGAGGACCAGUGGAAUCCGAAUGGAAAACACAGUACAAAUUUUGUCAGCCGAUAUGAUCCCCGAUUUAACAGCUGGAUUCAACUUCCACCAAUGCAAGAAAGAAGAGCCAGUUUCUAUGCAUGUCGGUUGGAUAAACAUUUAUACGUUAUUGGUGGAAGGAAUGAAACCGGCUACCUGUCCAGCGUCGAGUGCUAUAACCUAGAAACAAAUGAAUGGCGUUAUGUGUCCUCUCUGCCACAACCUCUGGCAGCUCACGCAGGAGCAGUGCACAAUGGGAAAAUAUACAUUUCAGGGGGUGUACACAAUGGAGAAUAUGUUCCAUGGCUGUAUUGCUAUGACCCCGUAAUGGAUGUCUGGGCUCGAAAACAAGAUAUGAACACAAAACGUGCAAUCCACACUUUGGCUGUAAUGAAUGAUCGCUUGUAUGCAAUUGGAGGAAAUCAUUUGAAAGGUUUUUCCCACCUUGAUGUAAUGCUUGUGGAAUGCUAUGACCCAAAAGGCGACCAGUGGAAUAUUCUCCAAACUCCCAUUUUGGAGGGUAGAAGUGGUCCUGGCUGUGCAGUGCUUGAGGACAGCAUCUACCUGGUGGGAGGCUACAGCUGGAGCAUGGGGGCCUACAAGUCGUCCACAAUAUGCUAUUGUCCAGAAAAAGGAACCUGGACAGAACUCGAAGGAGAUGUAGCAGAACCACUGGCAGGCCCUGCCUGUGCAACAGUUAUCCUGCCUGCCUGUGUACCGUACAACAAAUAA